AUGUCGCUCUCCAUCAACUUUCCACUAGGAAACCUGAAUGAUGCCACAAUCACAGUAGAAGAAUUACUGUCCCAAUUACCCCGGCGCUCAAUACAGAGAGUCUUCAUCUCGUACUUUAUGGAGACGAUUGAAAAGACGUAUCACAUAGUGGACGAAGCAGCCUAUGAGCGGGAACUGCGGGCGUUUUGGAUGCCAGGCUCCGUGACCCCAGAAGACUGGCUUGGCGUGCACUUUGUCAUCCUCUCACUUGGCUGCCAAGUAUACAACCACCAUGCCUUUCGAAAGGGCCAGGACAUUUACGAAGCGCUGCCUGUGCGGCUCCUCAGCGGCGCGGAAUUGUGCCUGAAACGCACCCCAUUCUUGUUCCACCCGAGUCUCAACAUUAUCAAGAUGCUUAGUCUCAUGGUUAUUGCGAAGCAGGUGUACGCCAUGUCGUGCCACCAGGCCGACACCUGUUGGCAGCUGACGGGCUUGGUUGCGCGGCUGGCCACGAGCAUGGGACUGCAUACAGACGUGCCCGUGAGCGACGAGCCCACGCCGUACGAGGAGAAGAUGAAGCGCCGGGUGUGGACGCUGGCCGUGUACAUGGAGAUGAAGCAGUCGCUCGUGUGCGGCAUGCCGCUCCUCCUGCGGUCGUCCGACAUGGCCGCACUGCUCCGCAAAGAGGCCUUUGUCGACGGCAAUGCCGGGACCUCCUCCUCCUCAUUGGCCGACAACCUCGGCGGCGCGCAGCUCCUCCACCCCAGUCUCCUCGAGGAGACGUUUGCCAGCGCCGGCAGACUCAUCGCCAAGGCCAUUGAGCUGGCGACGUGCGUCGAGGACCCGGCCACCUACGCCGAGGUGGUCGAGCUCGACGCGGCGCUGCGGCAGCAGCUCAAGCGGCCCGAGACGGGCCUCCACUUCCCGACGGGCCUCGGCGUCGUCCUCGGGCCCGUCGACGUGGCGACGUGCAUGGUGGACAUUUUCUGCCGGCAGACCAUCAUGGCGCUGCACGCGCGCUUCGCGCUGCAAGAGCGGUCGUCGACGCGGUACCCCGUCUCGUACCUGGCGUCGCUCGAGAGCGCCCUGUCCAUCCUGUCGCGGCAGCGCGACCUGUGCGAGGGGCAGCCCGCGGCGCCGAGCUCCUGGCUGGCCGGCCUCUUUCGGCACGAGUUUUUUACGGCUGCCAUGACGGUCUGCUUUCAUCUCGUGCGCGGCGGCCACGACGACGACAUGAUGAUGAUGAACAGCAGCAGCAGCAGCAUGAUGCCGGACGGCUCGGGCCGGCCGCAGGAGAUUAUGCUCGACGCGCUGCAGUCGUGUCGGGAUGUGUGGAGCAUGGAGAGGAAGAAUUCAGUGUGUAAUGCGAAUGCGUUUAAUAUUGUCGACAGACUGGUGACUUGGAUAAGAGAGUCGCGCGAAAAGUAG